CAUCAGUUCCCUAUCCUUCUCAGUAAGAAGAAUAACUCCCAAAACUCAUCACGAUGGAGUUCGCCAUGCCCCUCGAGGAGCGUCUGUCGCUCCGUCAAGAACUCAUAGACUCGGACGACAAGUUCAUCCUUCACCUUCCAAAAGUUGAACUCCACGUCCAUAUCGAAGGGACUUUGACUCCCGAGCUUCGCUGGAAACUCGCCAAGCGCAACAAUCAGACCCUUAAGCUCGAGCGCACUGGCACUGUAUACACCAAUCUUGAGCAGCUCAGAGCCUCGUACUAUAUCAUGGAGGCCCGUCCAGGUCAUCAGAUCGAUAACGCGGAAGAGAGCUUCACCUUCUUUGAGGCUUACUAUGGAGGGUUUGAAGUUCUUGUUACUGAAGAGGACUUUUAUGACCUUGCGAUGAAUUAUUUUGAGCAUGUUGCUGGUAUGAAUGUGAGGUACUGUGAGCCGUUUUUUGAUCCGCAGGGUCAUACUCGCCGUGGAGUUGCGUUUAAGACUGUUAUGGAUGGCUUCCGUCGGGCGCAGGAAGAGGCCGAACAGCUAUUGAACGUCAAGUCGAAGUGGAUCAUGUGCUUCCUGCGCGACAUGUCACCAGAGUCAGCCAUGGAGACCUACAAUGCUGUUCUGCCCUACCGCGAUAUGGUCGUCGGAAUCGGUCUUGAUUCGGAUGAGAACGAUCGCCCUCCUCUGAUGUUCGAAGAAGUAUACAAGAAAGCCAGAAACGACGGCUUCCGCAUUACUGCGCACUGCGAUGUCGGCAACAAAGACGCGCAUAAACAUAUCCGUGAAGUCGUCAAUGACCUUGGUGAAACUGGAGCAGAUCGUCUCGACCACGGCAUCAACGCCGCACAGGAUCCGGAAAUCAUGCGUCGCAUCAAGGAAAGGGGCAUUGGGAUGACGCUCACGCCUUGGGGAUAUCUUCGCCACGAGCCUGUUGAUGAGAUCUUCCCCAGAAUUCGUAUCUUGUUCGACGCUGGUAUCCCUAUUGCUAUCGGGAGCGAUGAUCCAGCUUAUAUGGAAGAUACGUGGAUCUUGCAUGAUUGGCUUCUGGUCAAGAAGAUGUGCGAGUUUAGUAAUGAUGAUAUGGCGGCCUUGGCGAAGAGUGCUAUUGAUAUGUGCUGGGCUUCGGAUGAAGUGAAGGACGAGAUGAGAAGGGAGCUUAAGGAAGUUGUGGCGAAGCACUCAAUAUGAGUAUCUGCUUUGUCAAGCGAGGUACGAUGCAACUUGAUGAAACUCGGUGGUACUGUAA